AGCUCUUCCCUCCCUUCCUCUCGUCGGCGCAGGUCAGGGCUGUCUCCAGAAGCUUCUAGAAUGGAAGCGCCGCCGCCGACACCGCAUCCCUUCGCUAGCGGGUGUCGUGGGCCCCACCACAACGGGCCUCUCUCUCUCUCCGUCUCUCUGGCAGUUGGGCCCCACCCCAACGGCCGAAACCUCAGCAACCGCCUCGCCGUCGCCGGCUACAUGUCUCCUCCCCCUCCUGCUCCGCCGAGAGAGACUUGCUCCCCACCCGCCUCCUCAUCCUCCGCCUCCGCCGCCACCUUCGUUCUCCGCUUCGGCAUUUCGUCGAACACCUCGCGCCCCUCCCCCUCGGCCGACCGGGGAGCGGUGCGGCGGGACCCAAUCCGCCGCCUUCUGCCUCGCGCCGUGACCACGUCCACGACGACGAGGACGACGCCGCCGCAGCAGCAGCACGUCUGAGGCUGAGGCCGAAGCCGCAGCUCCUCCCAUCCCAUGGCGGGUGUUGUCGUGGGGAGCAAGAGCAACCGGGACUGGUCGGACUGCGACGCCGCCUUCCGCGAGGAGGCGGGCAGGGCGAUCGUCGCGCUGACGGAGGAGGGCGAGCAAGGGCACGCGCACGGGCUCUCGCUCGCGACGGCGCUCGUCGGCAGGUACCCGUGGUCGCCACUCGCCCGCGCCAUCCUCGCGCGCUGCUACCUUCAGCGCAACAGUCGGCAGCAGGAGAGGGUUCAGCUCGAGCUGGCGGCGGUGCUCGCCCCGCGCUGCCCCCACAUCGCCUCGCUGCUCAUCGACGCGCUCAUCUCCAUGGAUUUGUUUGACGAGGCAGCGGAGGUGCGUGACCGCGCCCUCCGCGUGGCGGAGCCCACCGACCCGGCGUUGCACUACACCUUCGUGAGCAACCGCUACUCCUCCGCCGAUCAUCACGACAACCCCUUCGAUCUCGAGUACAGGAAAGCCCACGGCCGAGAGACGAUCCGCGGGCAGCGUGCGAGGAUCGAGAAGGGCAAGGGGCAAGCCGCGGCUUCACCGGAGCCCGCGUCCACGCCGGAGUGGCCGCCGGAAACCGUCGACCUCGGAAUCGCCGGCGAUCGCUGGAGCCGCAUGAGCGAGGAGGAGCGGCAAGCGCUCCUCAAGGUGAGUUUUGGAGAGAUGAAGUCGUACUGCCGCUCACGAGGGUUGAUGGAUAUGACAAGUAUGCUUUCCGAUGCUGAGGUGUUCGUCAAGAAGGGUUGGUCUUGCCCUUUCUGCUCCGGAAUGAUCUACGUGGAAUUCGCGGCUUUCAAGAGUCACAUCGAUGAGGAACAUAUUGUGGGCAAAGAAUUUCUGUCAUUAGUACCCGAAAGAAUAUCUGACAGUGAGAGGGAGCUUCUCAGAUCAUGGAGAUGGGAGCCAACCGAUGGAGAUGAUUUGGCAGGGAGGACAAAGAUCUUGCGCGAGGUUAAGGAAAUCGUCUUUGAGCUCAUUGAUUUGGAAGUCGUUUCUCUCAACCUUCUGUACAUCAUGCACAAGUUCAUAAUGAACCGGGUCAGGCCAGUAGCACCUUUGGUAGUAUCCAUGUGUGGGUCUUGUGGGAUUGGACAGUUGAGUUCCACACACCUUCAGGAACUGUGUGAAUUGCUCAAGCCGCUUAAGCUCGUUGUGCAGACCCAGAGAGGUUGGGAACAUCAGAAGCAUCACAAUGAUGAACAAGAGAGCCAGCAAGAUUCGCUCGUUGUGCAUACCCAUAGAGGCUGCAACCAUCAUAAGCGUCGCAAUGGCGAACAAGAGAGCCAGCAAGAUUCGCUUGUUGGGAUUACCUGGUCCCAAGAGACAGGCACACUAUCUUUUGAUUGUGAGAAGAUUGCAUCAAGAGAAACUGAUGGUUCUAGCCAGGCAGAUCGACUUUUUGCCUGUCUAUUAUCUGAACCUUUGCUUGAGGAUCCCAUGGAAUUGUGUUUCAGCAUGUGGAGAGAAUGUUUUGUUGAUGGACCUGACAUUCUUAACAACAUAAGUCGAGCAUUGGGUAAAGCGAAGCUGAAAUUCAGCUCAUGGGAAGAGCUAAAAGGAAUACAAGGAGGUGUUUAUUUCCUUCCUAAGGCCAUUUUUGAGAGAGAUAUUGACAUCAAGACUUAUUUUGAUUCUUGGAUUGGCUCUGCACGAGUUGAGAUGCUAUUAAUUGAUGCUGAGGUGGAUUACUGGAAGGAAAGUCUUCUGAAAACUUGUCAAGUUGAUUGCCUUGCGGUUAUUUCACCUAUUGCAAAGGCUUGCCUUUGGGCAAAAUUGGUUAAUGAUCCCCUAGAGGAUGCUUUACUUGCUCAUCCACAAAAUUGUCAUAAACCACAGGUUCCUUUGGAUGCCAUUCUCCGGUCUUUGUGGCACAUAAGGAGAUUCUGCGGUGAUCUCUGGGAGAUACCAUGUAUAUCCCCUGAUGUUAAAGCCAGAGUAUAUCGCGCUAUCUUGUUGCGUAUCUUCCGUUCUUGGGACCAGUGCAAAACAUGUGACCUACCUAGUUCAGCGAUAUUCAUGGUUGAUUCUUUGAGAAGUUUUGUGAUUGAUGAAAAGGCUGGAAACAUUUCUGCGUAUAGAGUUGUUGAAUCAAUCCUUGAGAGGCUGCACGUGGCACAAACUCCUUUGCAUUUUGAGUUCAAGGGUGAAUCUUUGGUGCCACAAACAGCAAUAGUGCCCAGCCUUCUGGGUUGUAUAUGCCUAGCACACAAUCUUUUUGGGUUGCACAUUAUUGAGAAGAAAUGCAACUGUGUGAAUGAGGUCCCCAUGAAAACCAAGUCUACAUUCUUCCACAGUAUUAAUUUGGGUUCUGUUGAAGGAACUACGUUGGAGUCUUUCAGUGAACUCUUGAAAGCUGUAGACAAGCAGUCAGUUUGUGACUUCAGGAAUGGUGGCUGUGGGCAUAGGAUUACCCGAUACCUAUGGUAUCCACCACAUUUUUUCAUGAUAGUUUUGAGAUGGCCAGACAACAAGGGAAACCAUAUUAACAUGCAUAAAGUAUUGAUCAGCCUAGCAGCGGAGUUGGACAUUAGUCAUAUCUACGAAGGUCUGCAAUCAGAAAGCAUGUACACUCUGGUUUCUGCAGUAUGCUAUGAUGAUGAGGGGCGGCAAUACCUCUGCUUUGGUCGUGACGAGGCAAGGUGGCUCAUACAUGACAGCACGACAGUCCAGCAAGCUGAAUCCUGGAAAGGAUUAAUCGACCGGUACAGUCAGGCCAAUCUCCGUCCUGAGAUCCUUUUCUUUGAGCAUGGCAGGAAGCGUGAUCAUAGACUGUUGCUGUGAUUAUCGAGAAUUAACUCCUCGAUCCUUCCCUGAAAAGAAAAAUUUAGCAAGUUUGAUGUGGCCGUAUAUUGGUAGGUUACUAGGUUACCAUUGAGGCAGUCCUCUGAUCCUCUCCUUGGAGCACAUCAAGGAGUUGCAACCGUUUAGCUGACUAUUGUUGUGAUGUUGAUUGCUGAGGCGUUGAGUAGAGACCGUAUCUCCUAUGUAUUCUCAUGUGUUUUGAGAUCAGAUCAUCAUGCCUAUGGGGCACAAUCUCGUAUAUGCUGGAGUUUUCAUGCUUUGCUUAGCUAGAACAAA